AUGAACCACUUCACACUUAUCGUUAAUUUAAUGGCGAUUGUGAUCCUCUCUCUUGGAAAGUGCGGACUCUCUAAAUGCAUCUCCCGCUACCUGGUGGGAAUGGCAACCGCUGAUUUAAUGUGUGUUAUCAUUGCUAUUGUACUCGACCAGAUCAAUAGCAUUUAUCUUUAUGCCCGUGCUUUGCUCAUUGCCCCGAUUUGCGCCGCGACACUUGUCCUGAGGCUCGCAGCCAUGGACUGUUCUGUCUGGUUCACGGUGGCUUUCACGUUCGAUCGCUGUAUUGCAAUCUGCAGUCAAAAGCUGCGACAAGAAUACUGCACCGAGAGGACAGCUACUAUCGUGUUAGUAAUUGUUGGUUUAGGCAGUUGUGCGAGGCGUGUUCCGUUAUACUUUCUGGUAGAACCUUACGUUAUCAUUGACAACGUACCCUGGCGAUGCAUUGUCAAAGCUGAAUACUUUAAUUUACCACUGUGGAGAGCAUUCCAGUUGUUCAACACUGUCACUACACCUUUACUGCCAAUCGGCUUAAUGGUACUCUUUAAUGCAUUAACAGUCAGUUAUAUUGUAUCGGCAAACAGAGUCCGCCGGGGGCUCAGGAACAGCACAGAGAAUGAGAAAGAUCCUGAGGUGAAGAACAGGAGAAAGUCAAUGAUUUUGUUAUUCGCUGUAUCAGCUAAUUUCAUAUUGUUAUGGAUUCCCUAUAUUACAUAUGCUAUUAACUGGCAAAUACAGAAUUACUUUUACACGGACAGAUACUUGAAUACCCCGAAGUAUAUUCUGCAACAGUUUGGGUACAUGCUGCAGUUUCUUUGCACCUGUACGAAUACGUGUAUUUACACUCUGUCGCAACGGAAAUUCAGGAAGCAGCUGAAGAAUGCAGUCAAACAUGCAGUUACGUUAUACUUCCGGCUCUGCAGCUGA